GAAAAUUGUAGGAGACAGAGAUUUAUCAGAAGAGAAAAUAAGAUAAGAAUGAAAUAUGAGGGAAUAGAUGAGUCGAUACGAAUUUUCUUCAACAAUCUUCAACAAUCGAAAGAAAGAAACGUUCAAUUGCGAAUUAUCUCCUUUCGAGAUAAAAUAAGUUUCUUCGGGUAAUAAUCUAUUUUUUCAACAAUGAAAGGAAGAAACGUUCACACACAAUUGCGGAUUAUCUUCUUCCCUUCUGAGACACGACAAAUUUCUUCAGAUAAUAAUCUAUUUAUAUUACGUAUUAUCAAAACGAAUGGAUUAUCCAUUGCAUAAUAAUUCUUCAUGUGAAAAUCAAUUACACAAUAAAAACACGUUCGCUCGAAGAUGCAAGAAGUGCGCGAGGGUAUUACGAGCAUCAAAGAAACCGAAGAGCGUCAUACGGUAGCGGCGAUGGUCACGCAAUCGAGGAAAGGAUAAAAGUAAUAUGAAAUAAAAGUAAUCUGCGUCGUGUUAUAUAAAUUGACAAGAAACGGAAAUGAAGAAAUAUAAAUAAUAAGCGCGCGUUCGUAUCGUGAUUUAUCCGCGCACGAAGUAAUUGCAGAUCGAAUCGCAAUAUCUCUCCGUGAUUCACACGCGCACAUUUCCCAGUUUUCAUCCCGGCUAGAGAAAGAGAGAGAGAAAAAGAUCUAUCUUCUGGCCAUUAUCGGGAGGAAGAGAACAAGUCUCUCUUCCUAGAGAGAGACUUGAACUAAUGGACUUUACUUUCUCGUCUCGUGACUGACAUACCGCAGUGUCAUUUGAAACACGUCAAUUAUCUGUGCGUAAUCAGUUUUGUCCACGACCCGACGUCGAGGUACAAGGAUCUCGCACUUUAAGAUCCUUUUGAAGACGCGCGCGAUCCUUUCGCGCCCUCACGCCGGCCGAUCUCCACAUUCUAAGGCAAGGUAAGGCGCAGGUGACGAGACAAGGUGAGGCACGGCAAGGGAGCCGCCCCUCCGUAGACGACGGAGUGUACGCGGGCCCCUCUACUUCACUUGGGGUUCCAACACCAUCCGAGAAUCAUCUUAUUAGACCCACACUAUAUAAACGGAACAUGCCAGCAUGUCGAGCAGUUACGUACUGACUGUAUUCACAGUCGGCCGCCGGCAAAGUGCAACAAUAAAAACAACAACGACAACAUAGCAACAACGCAACCGCAACACAUAUCAACGUGGGCGCAUCCUUUGUACACACAUAUGCGCGUUAAAUUUUCUGCAAAAUUAUCUCGAUUGGUGUUUCUACCGGCAGGUGCGCAAGUUGGCGUAGUUUCAGCACGUUGACCUGUUCACCACCUCGUGUGACAUAACAUGUAUUACCUCCAGCUGGCCGUACUUUGCGUGACGGUGGCGAGUGUUCUCGGCGACUUACCGCCGGGUACCCGGCGCAACACGUAUCUACCGCCCGUGUCGACGAAGGGCUAUGAUUAUCCCAAGCCGACGGUGCCGUUCCCGAACACCACGCCACCGCGGACACCGACCUUCCCCACGCGUCCGACGCCGACCUUCCCCGGGACCAGACCGACGUAUCCUACCUUUCCCGGAACUGGACCCACGAAACCCACACCCACUUAUACGGAUAUUCCCGGCCAACCGGGCGGUUUUACCAAAACCACUAUUGGCCACGAUCAUCAUCAUCACGAACCUGGUAUGCCGUUCGACUUCAAUUACGCCGUGAAGGAGGACGCUUUCGGCAACGAUUACUCGCACAACGCCAUCAGCGACGGCGAGAUCGUUCGCGGUGAAUACAGGGUGCAGCUUCCGGACGGUAGAACGCAAAUCGUGCGUUAUACCGCGGACUGGCAGCACGGCUUCAGCGCGCAGGUCUCUUACGACGGGAAUCCCCGCUUCGACAGCGGCUUCAAUCGAGGGUAUUAGCGUUUUUUUUAGUG